AUGUCGGCCCAGGAGGCGCGCGAACUCAAGCUGCAGGGGGCCAUCGAGGCUGCUCAAGACCCCGGGAUUGCGGUAUCGGCUGACGACGCUGAAAGGCUCAUGGUCGAUCAAGCUAGAAAUGCUGGUGCUCCCGCCUUCCACUUCGACCCCAAUGCUACUAUAGAAGAAAAGCGUUCUCAGGUCGCUGCCGCUAUCCCUCCCGAACUUCAGCAUCUUAGACGGAACAAGGCUACGGCCAUCGCAACGGAUGUCGACGACGGUACUGGCCCGGAUGAAGAGCUCCCGGAACCGACAAAAGAAGGUGUUGUCGAAGUGAGCAAGGAUGAACAGAGCAAAACUCUAGCCAAUGGGGAUGAUGCCGAGGUCCCCUACUCGCGAACAGGCUGGGCUCCUCAGAUUGGAUGGCCUGUCGAGAGUGCGCUUGAAGCUGAGAGCCUGCUCGAUCACACUACAUGGGUUGAAAGCCAGCUGCCGGAUCAUCUGUUUGGAGAUUGGUACCACAACACCGGCGUUAUUAUCUUCGCCUGUAUCGCCUCAUGGCUUGUAGCGGUUUUCGGCGGCGGUCUCGGCUGGGUAAUCAUGGUCAUGGCAAUUUGCGGCACCUACUAUCGGACUUCCUUGAGACGAGUGCGCCGGAACUUUCGUGAUGACAUCACCCGAGAGAUGGCCCUUAAGAGGCUCGAGGCUGAUCAUGAAUCUCUUGAGUGGAUCAAUUCAUUCAUGGUCAAGUUUUGGCCCAUCUACCAGCCCGUCCUCGCCCAAACCAUCGUCAACACUGUCGACCAAGUGCUAUCCUCUGCGACACCGGCUUUUCUGGACAGUCUCAAACUCAAGACCUUCACGCUGGGUACUAAGCCCCCCCGCAUGGAGCAUGUGAAGACUUACCCCAAUGUGGGAGACGAUAUUGUUAGAAUGGACUGGAAAUUCAGCUUCACGCCCAAUGACACUACCGAUAUGACUAAGAAGCAGAUCAAGAACAAAAUCAACCCCAAGGUUGUACUGGAAAUCCGAGUCGGAAAGGCCAUGAUCAGUAAAGGCCUUGACGUCAUUGUCGAGGAUAUGGCUUUCUCGGGUAUCAUGCGACUCAAUAUCAAACUGCAGAUUCCUUUCCCACACGUCGAGAAGAUUGAAAUGUGUUUCCUGGAGAAGCCAACCAUUGACUAUGUUUGCAAGCCCCUCGGUGGUGAGAGCUUUGGCUUUGAUAUUAAUUUCAUUCCGGGUCUGGAAAAAUUCAUCUUGGAACAGAUUCAUGGCAACCUAGCGCCCAUGAUGUAUGCUCCUCACGUCUUCCCUAUCGAAGUCGCCAAGAUGCUUGCGGGAUCACCCGUCGAUCAGGCCAUUGGUGUGCUCGUCGUGACACUUCACGGAGCACACAACCUCAAGAAUACCGAUAAUUUUGCGGGCACCGUUGAUCCAUACGCCGUUCUUACUCUGAACCGCCGCCAAGAACUUGCGCGAACCAAAACUAUCGACGAUAAUCCCAACCCAAGAUGGAAUGAAACCCAUUAUAUCAUUGUUACUUCUUUCAACGACACUCUGGAUAUUCAGGUCUUCGACAAGAAUGGCUUCCGCAAGUCCAAGGAAUUGGGUGUGGCAUCUUUUCCCUUGGAGAGAAUUGAGGAACUUCACGUGUACGAAAACGAACGUCUCGAGGUUCUCGCUGCCGGCAAAAACCGUGGUGUGGUCUCUUGCGACCUCCGUUUCUUCCCGGUCCUCGAAGGCCUGAAAGGCGAAGAUGGCAAAGUGGAGCCUCCUCCGGUCUCCAAUCAGGGUAUUCUGCGCUUCACUGUUGAGCAGGCCAAAGACUUGGAUGGAACCAAAAGUCUCGUCGGCCUUCUCAACCCCUAUGCUGUCAUGUUCCUCAACGAUCGCAAGAGGGCAAAACUUGGCGUUACUAUCAAGGAUGACCGAGAUCUUGCCUCUGACUUGACUCUCGGAAAAUAUCAAAUUAAGCUCGAUGACCUCCUGGAAUGCAUGGAACAAGGCAAAGAAUGGUAUCACCUCUCAGGCGCUCAAACCGGCCGCGUCAAGAUGAUGGCACAGUGGAAACCAGUGGCCAUUUCAGGCGUGGCUGGCACCGGUGGCUACAUCACACCAAUUGGCGUCAUGCGGCUUCAUUUCCAGAAGGCAAAUGAUCUCCGUAACUUUGAAGCUUUUGGCAAAUCCGAUCCAUAUGUCCGAGUUCUUCUUUCUGGUAUUGACAAGGCGCGAACGGUAACGUUCAAGAAUGACCUGAAUCCUGUAUGGGAUGAAGUCCUCUACGUUCCUGUUCAUUCUGCUCGAGACAGACUCACUCUUGAGGUAAUGGACGAGGAGAAGGUUGGCAAAGAUCGUUCCCUCGGAUUGUGUGAAGUCUCUGCAGCGGAUUAUAUUCAGCAAGAUGAGCUUGGCGAGUAUCUCGUGCAUGAUACAAAGCGCGUUCUCCAGAGCGAACUCCGCAUUCACGGCAAGGGCAUUUCCAAAGGUACAUUGACCUACACCGUUGCAUUCUAUCCCUGCCUCAACAUCGCCGAUCCUGAAGAGGAAGAGGAGGAGGCGGCAGAAGCUGCUGAAGAAAAUGGCGAAGAACCCAGGGCCUCCCUUGACAGACCACAAAGCUCCGCCUCUAAAUCUGCACCAAAGCCAUCCCUCGACGCAUCCAGAAAAUCAGUCGAUGUGUCCAGGAAAUCGGUUGAUACGGCCAAGUUGAGCGCUGCUACAGGCGAGGAUGGCCGGCCGAUCUCGCCGGCGUCGAUGAGGUCGUCGAUGUCAGUAGAGAAGAAGGGACCGCCCAAGAUCCGGCUGAGCCCCGAAGAAUUGCUCAGAUAUGAGAGCGGCGUUCUCAUCUUCAGACUAUUGGAAUCGGAGAUGCCCGAAAGGGAUAGCCAACUGGAAAUUUACGUGGACGACAUGGCUUACCCGUCUUAUACAUCCACAAUAGUGCCAUCAAAGUCGCACAAGUUUGACGAGAUUGGCGACUGUAUCAUCCGAGAGCUGGACUUUUCUCGUUUGACGAUCAAGGCACGGAAGAAGGGCGAUGAUGCCGAAGAUACUCUGGCGUACUUGUCUGGCAAUACGUUGGAGACAUUGAAGCAAUGUCUGAACAAUCCCACAACAUUGAAGCUCAAGAGCGACGAUGGCAAGUCCAGCUGGGUCAAGGUUAGCCUCAAGUAUAUCCCCCUCAAGAUGGAUUUGGACGCCAGCGAGAGUAUCAACAACAUGGGCAACCUCCGUGUCGAUGUCUUGAGCGGCACAGACUUGCCGUCGGCAGACAGGAACGGGAAGAGCGACCCUUACUGCAAGUUCGAGUUGAACGACGUGGAAGUAUACAAGACGAAGGUGCAGAAGAAGACAUUGUCGCCAGUGUGGAACGAGUUCUUUGAGGUUUCUGUGCCAUCGAGGACAGGAGCCCACUUUGUGUGCAACGUCUACGAUUACGACUUUGCUGACAAGCCUGAUUUCUUGGGCGCCACCGUCAUCAGGCUAGACAAUCUCCAGCCUUUCAAGGCCAUGGAGCAGAGCUUCCCGCUGGAUGGCAAGUCGGGAAGCAUCAAACUCCGAAUGGUUUUCCGUCCCGAUUACGUUACUCGUGCAAGACAAGGCACGUCAACGUUCCAGGGCACUUUUGGCGGCACCUCUCGCAUCGUUACUGGAGUAGCCGGAGUGCCGUUCAAGGGAGCCACCGCUGUAGGUCACGGCGUGGGCAGAGGUGCCUCGUUCUUGAAGCGCGGCAUCCUUGGUAAAAAGGAUCGGGAUGACCCCAACGGUUCGUUGUCGGAGCUCACAGAGGUGCCUACAGUGCCAAGUAUCAUUACCAAUGGCAGCGAUUUCCCCAACAGCAACAACAACUCCAACCCCAGCACCAGGCCAACAACCAGCGCCGUGGAUGGUUCUAGGGAUAUCCCUCCGCAUCUGACACCCGAGGGCUCUGGUCAUAACAGAACCAGGAGCUUCGGCAGCUCUUCGGUGCACAGCGCCAUGGGCUUUGGAGCUCCCACCGGAACAGCAACGUUUACCGUUGUUGGCGCUUCCGGAUAUUCUCAUUCCACAGACCUGUACAUCCUCAUCACCCAAAUCUCGCCUAGGGAAAAGGUUGUUGGCAAAACGAAGCACUACAAGUCGCCCAAUGGGCAGUGGACCUUUGACGAGACGUUCCGUUUCAGCUGCACUCCUGAUGCACAGUUCAAGAUUGAGGCCAGAGGUGAACAUUUGUUUGGCAGCGAUGACGGUUUGGGAGAGCAUUUUUACUUUGUUGACGAGACCGGCAGCGCCGGUGCAAAGGAUCUCAGCGUUGGCGCUGGCACGGUGACAGUCAAGAGCUCUUUCCAACCUGCGGAGGAGAAGUAUCCCGACAGCCCCAAGUCCUUCUCACGACGCGGCUUUCUGAGCAAGCGAGAGGCGCGGAGUCGAGACCCAUCGCAAAAUCCUUGA